UCCUAAACUUUCCCAAACGAUUCCCAAAUUAUUGCAAUAAAAAAAAAAGAUUUAUCAUAUUUGUCUGCUAACUAUACGGCGGUCGGCCUAUGAAUUAAUCUUUAUAGACUAUAGAAAUUUUCUAUAGUCAAAGGAAUCAAUUAAAAGCAAGGCGAAAAUUCCAUAGACGUAUAAAGAUGGCUGCGGUCCGAAAUGCAAGGUCCGUAGAUGAGCAGACGACGCACGGUAGGGAAGGUCUUCGCACGACCGCCAUUUUGGGUCCACGGAGUGAGACAGAUAUAUUUUGUUUCUCACUUUAAUUGACUGUAAUGUAGUGUGCACUACAGUUAGUGCAAACAGAUAUUAAAUAUGCCAAGUUGUUGUGCAAAGAAGUGUAAAAAUCGUUCAGAACAGGGAUUCCGCCUUUUUAGAUUUCCGAAAGAUAUACAACGUAAGAACAUUUGGACUAAACAAUGUGGUCUACAGCCAAAAGAGAAUGCAAGAUUAUGUGAGUAUCAUUUUGACGACUCAGAAUUUGAAAAAGGACGACAGGAUAAAUGGCGCAAAUUAAAACCGAAUGCUAUUCCUACUAUUUUUACAAGUGAGGAAAGUGUUAUUGAAUUAAAUUUACAAGAUGAAAUUGAAUCUUCUUCAAUUCUUUUGCGUGAAGAAAAUCUAAUUGAUGAGACAAAUGUUCAGCAUAAUUAUUGUGAGCCUGUUUCUAUAGAAACAGGCAUUCAAUGUGAGGAAAAUAGUGUCGCAAUACAAACUGCAUACUAUUCUGAUGAAAAUGGAACAAUCAGACAAGCCAAUGAAAUUAAAUACUUAAGGAAAGAAUUAGCUCAUGCACAACAAAAUAAUAUACUUAUAUCAAAACUGGAAAAAGAAAAGCUGUUCAGAGUAAAAGCUAAGAAAUACAUGAAAGCGUACAAAACAUUGAAAACGGAACAUGCAACAUUGUCAAAUAAAUUAGAAAAAAUACCACUGUUUAAACAAUUUUGAUGGAAACUGCUGGAUAUAAGUGAAUAUAUAUAAGACUUUAUUAUAGAAACGCUUAUUACAACUGAACUUCUCAGACGCACGCAUUACGCAGGCAGCGAGCGAACGGUUAAACAAAAAA